UAUUCAAACGCCUUCAAACGCACUGCACUGUUUAUCGCCAAAUACUUUGUCGAUAGCCCGCCCCUAGUGGGCUAAUAGACGCAGUGACGCCGGCACUGGCAGUGGCGCGCCGCCAGCUCUCCACGCCGCACGUCUCGGCUCCUCGAACACGCGACACAGAUCGAUACUUGCACAGCCCUAGCCGCUAGCUGGCCAGUAACAUGGCCACGUGCAAAACUGACGUUCAUAACUUGUGACCGAAUAUCGAUAUAAUCGCGCGCGCGUCAACAAUGUAGCCAUAGUGACGCCCUGUUGACAGAUUGACAUAUUUACGAUGCCGUUGAUUUUAUUAAAGUUUAUUAAACGUUGAGUGUUGUUAUUGUUAUUAUGACAAUAAAUUUGUUGGUUAAUUAGGAGUUUGUUGCAACGAAGAUGGGAAAUGGAAUGAAUAAGGUGCUUGCCGGGCUGUACGUUGGCAACUAUCGGGACUCGAAGGACCCAGUGCAGCUCGAACGUUACAAGAUCACACACAUUCUGUCCAUACACGACGCGGCUCGCCGGUUACACGCUGAUAAACACUACCUCUGUAUAAUGGCGUCCGACUCUCCAGACCAGAACUUGACUCAAUACUUCGCUCUCUGCAAUGACUUCAUCCACGCAGCGCGGCUUAGAGAGGGACACGUACUUAUUCAUUGUUUAGCGGGUAUGUCGCGCAGCGUGACAGUAGCGGUAGCGUACAUCAUGUCGGUGACACCGUUAAACUGGCGUGAAGCGCUCAAGGUGGUGCGUGCGGGCCGCGCUGUCGCCAACCCGAACCUAGGCUUCCAGCGUCAGCUGCAAGACUUCGAGACCUACAAACUAGUUGAGGAGAGAAGACGUCUAAAAGAGCGCUACCCGUCCCUCGCGCUCGCCGACAGCGACCUAUCGGAGUGCCGGGUCAUGCUAGACUCGUACCAGACCAUGCUGAGCCAGCGCACCAUCUGUGAGGGCAAGUGUUCCAUGGGCCGCCAAUGUCCUACUGGCGUCUGUAGAACCGGGUCGAAGCGGCAGUCGCGGCCCCGCCGAACGUCCACGGCCUCUGGCGACGCGCCGGGCCUCAAACGAUCUCCCUCCACACUUUCUACCAUGUCUACAACUUCUACAGCCUCGGGUUAUCGGCCGAGGUCCUCGCCUGCGGGGCUGUUUAGCUACACCGGGGUUACACACCGGCCAACCCGCUCUGCCUCCGGCAUCAGCAUAACGCGAGUAACGGACCCCAUAGGCGGCGGCACCACCAUGGCAGUCGGUGGUAACGAAUAUUCGCGUCGACGAGCCGCCUCCGCGCCGGCCACGCCAGCGUUAUCGCCCGCCACGUCCCCGCCGGGAUCGCCUCAUCGAGGUCACCAGAGGUCACGCGCAGUGCAGCGGUGUUCGUAGCACGCGGCCCGGGGCCCGCCGCUGUCGCCGCUGCGCCAGGCCUCCGUGGCCCCGAGCUACUACCACAAGGACUGCCCGCCCGCCCGCCAGCGCGCCGACAGCUUCCAGUCUAACUACGUCAACUAACUCGAUCCAGCACUAAAAUAUCGGAUGGUC